AUUUGGCGUUCUUUGUAAGGAAGUGUUUUUAGUUUUUGCUCACCAAACCCUUGCACCUCCAUAUCAAAAUUUCGUAAUCAGAUCAAAGGCACAAUUGCACGACUUUUGGUCCUCCGUUUCUCAUUCGCCGUGAAAUUCUACAGGCGGAUGGCUUUGCACUCGUUCUGAGUUGAAGAAACGUUCCUUGGAAUUUCGCUGUGUUUGCGUCAAAUCGUUGUUGUUGACUUCUUCUUGUUGGUUCCUUUUUUUAAUCGUUGUGGGGUUUAGCCUUAGGGGAAGAAGUUUGCUUCCAUGGGCGAUCAUCGAGAUUGGUCGCCUGAAACUGAAGGCGCCGCGUUAGCGGAGAAGCCGUCACCGUCUAAUCAAACGCCAUUAGGUGUGGAGUACUGGCAAAAAGCAGAGCAAGUGGUGGAGAGGAUCAUCGCACGGGUCCAGCCGACUACUGACUCGGAUGAGAGGAGAAAGGCCGUCAUUGAUUAUGUGCAGAGGCUUUUACGGAAUUGCCUUGGAUGCGAGGUAUUUCCCUUUGGGUCUGUUCCAUUGAAAACGUAUCUCCCGGAUGGAGAUAUAGAUUUGACAGCCUUUGGGUGGUUUAAUGUUGACGAGGCUUUGGCGACUGAUGUUUGUUCUGUCCUUGAAAGAGAAGAUGAGAACCGGGCUGCUGAGUUUAUCGUAAAGGACGUGCAAUUAAUCCGUGCUGAGGUUAAACUUGUAAAAUGUCUGGUACAAAACAUCGUGGUCGACAUUUCUUUCAAUCAAAUGGGAGGGAUUUGUACACUAUGCUUUCUUGAGCAGGUCGAUCAGUUGAUUGGUAAAGCUCAUAUCUUCAAACGCAGUAUCAUACUGAUCAAGGCUUGGUGUUACUAUGAAAGUCGUAUUCUUGGUGCUCACCAUGGCUUGAUUUCUACUUAUGCUCUGGAGACUUUAGUUCUAUACAUCUUCCAUCGCUUUCACUCAUCACUAAAUGGUCCUCUGGCGGUUCUAUAUAAAUUCUUGGAUUACUUCAGCAAAUUUGAUUGGGACAACUAUGGCAUCAGUCUGAACGGUCCUGUCAGGCUAUCCUCAUUGCCAGAUGUUGUAGUGGACACACCUGUAAAUGGUGGGGCUGAUCGGUUGCUUAGUAAUGAUUUUCUUAGGGAUUGUGUGGAAAUGUUCUCAGUUCCCACGUGGGGAACUGAGAACAAUUCACGAACAUUUGCUUCAAAGCACCUUAACAUAGUUGAUCCACUCAAAGAAUAUAACAACCUUGGGCGCAGUAUUAGCAAAGGCAAUUCUUACCGAAUAAGGAGUGCUUUUACUUAUGGGGCUAAAAAACUUGGACAAAUCCUUUCCCAGCCAGAGGUGAAGAUAACUGAUGAACUUAGCAAAUUUUUUUGUAACACCCUAGAUAGGCAUGGAAAUGGACAGAGGCCUGAUGUUCAAGAUCCUAUCCCAAUGGCCGAACAUAAUGGGCUUGAUUCUACAGUAUUUUCAGGUGCCGAAUCAUAUCAGGAAGAUCCAAUGUUCUAUGAAUCUGCUGAAUCAAGUGGCACGACUGGGCCAUUCAAAUUGAAUCAUGAGCAACCAUUGUUACCAGGGAUGGAUAUGACUUUGAAUGGGCCUCAGAGUUCUAGAAGGAAUGGUCCUAAUGGGACCCCGCUUUCUGAAAUUCGUCUUUCUGGGGAUGCAAAGGACCUUGCAACGUCCAGACUACAAGAUCUAAAGUUAGCAGAUGAUGUGCUUAAGUCUUCUUCUGUUCCCGACGAGACUGUUGCUCGCACACAUAAACCACAUCCUACACCUCGUCUUUAUUUCCAUUCCUCAGCCAAGGGAAAUGGUGAAGUGAAUGAUAAAAAACCAGAUUUGAAAUUACCUGAAAGCUCUGUUUCUACUGACAAGAGAGUCUCAUCUGGGAUUUCACCAGAACCUGGUGAGGACAAUGGCUUUGUUGCCCACGGUGACCAGGAUGAGGAUUAUUUAAUAAAUCAUCUAGCUGUUUCACCUUCUGGAUCUAUGAAAAAUUGUUCACUCUGGAGUCCGGCUGCUUGUUCUGUGGAGGACCUUCAUCCUGGGUAUUCUAGUUAUCAGAAGCUACUUGGUACUGGUCGAAGUUCCGAGUCUUCGAAUUCUCUAUCUGAUCUCAGGGGAGAUUACGAGAGUAUUUUAAAUAGUUGGUAUCAUGCUAGGCGGUGGCUCGAGUAUGCCUUCAAUGCCUAUGCUCCUAUAUAUCCUACAAUGCCCACUCAGCUCUGGGGCAAGAAUUCAAGGGAGGUGCCAAGGCAGUCAGUGCAGUUCGGGCAGAAUUCAUUCUCCCCUAUAAAUGCCAAUGUUAUCGUCCCCAGACCAGGGUUUUACCCAAUGAGUCCACCUGUGUUCCCUGGGACAUCCUUUGGUAUGGAAGAGAUGCCAAAGGCUAGAGGGACAGGAACAUACUUUCCCAAUAUGAAUCAUUAUAGGGAGCGACCUUUGACAGCCAGGGGAAGGCAUCAAGCACCACCAUGGUCUCCUCGUAGCAAUAUCCGGGUUGCAACUGCACAUGACACACAUUUCUCUGAGAGAAGCAGCCGUGAGUUAGGACAAGUGCAGGAUCAUGCAAAGUCUGCUGGCCGCAACUCUGGUUCUCCUGAUGGAAAUUCUCACCCCAGAGUAAAUGGUUUAAUCCAUCACUCAGAGAGGGCUGUAGAAUAUGGACCAUUUGGGUACCCGCAAUGGGGGGCAUCCUCACCGGAAGGUGUCAGGCUACAGAAUCCAGAAUUUUCUCCGACUCAAGAUCCAAGAUUUAAUAUCCCUGCAACAGGAACGCGAAAAUCAAAACAAGUAUUGGGCGUGGAUCAGGAUAGGAUUGCUGUACAGUCAAAUCAGUUGAACAACUUGAACUUGAAAGACGAAGAUGAUUUCCCGCCCCUAUCCAUUUGCCCCCAGUGAUAAGGUAUUAUCUUUAUGUGUGGUUUGGAGGAAUAGAACCGAAUAUGCUAACAAAGGAACGUAGGCUUCAGCUUUCUGCAUGCAGCUCCAUGUCCAUUGGGCAGCUCUAUGCAUGACAUUCAGAAUCUUGUGUUUUUAGUCAAUUUUGUAAAUCUAAAAAAAUGUGUAACUCUGUGAAAGCAUGUUAUAUGUGCUUUGAGCAAGAGGAGUUAAUUCAUAGGAUGCUCAAUUAUGGUUUUGGACUAGGGUUUGUUGUGGCUGAAAUUGUAUUUGUAGGCCAUUGUAGACUAAAGAUGGUGAAGCGCUACCGAGUUCAACUGUAACUUUAACUGUUUUAUUUUCUGAUAGAAUUUUCUCCCCUUAGGAAAAUGAAGGGAAAAAGUAAAAAGAUAUUUAGAUUGAUGGAUUUGUGUA